GGGUUUCCUUGGAAAGUGAAACAAACAGUCCCUGAGUCCUGUGGUGUCUUGAAUUCAUGAGUAAUGAAACCAAAACUUCAACUUGAGCAGAAAGAAAACCAAGUGAAGGCAACAAGUCUUGACAGUGCUGUUGGGAUCGUCACACUCUCACACUCGGUUCCCGCAUAAGACAACAAUGUACGCUGCCACUUUGAGUACCAGAAAGGAGCCGUAUGAAAGAUGCUCGCCUCCGUUCAAAGAGCGAGUGGAGGAGGGUUCCUUCUCCCUCGACACGGAGCGACGAUUCCACCACGACAAGAGUCAGAUGAGAUACUUUGUGGAACCUGACAAGACACCAAAUUUUGACCUGAGGAACGGCUACAGUGAUCGCUACAUAAAGAGAGAUGAGAAUGUCAGAAAAAAUCUGGAACACAUCCUGCAAUGGAUCUUGGCCAACAAGUCGAAACUCAUGCAGAGGACGGAUGCAUCGUACGUGUCGUCAGCUUUAGCUGACUUUGACUUCGUAACAUCGCGAGGCCGUUUGACCAAAGUUUUAUGCACACCUUAUGAAGGUCAAACUGAGUGGUCGCUAGCCGUCACCAAGUUCCAAGGAGUAUUUUACAUCAAUGAAGUGGAAACUGAGAAUGCUUGCCGGGGCCGACAGAACCGCACUGAGAGUCACGAAGAGAAUAUAUACUGGGGGUACAAGUUUGAGCAGUACAUAUGCGCAGACAAAGUUGACGGCGAACCUGAUUCGACUGGCGUGGUCAACUCCAAUGAGGCCUUCUACAGCGUGGUCCGAACUCGUCUUUCGGACCACAGGCUGCUGUACUCCGGCGAGGUGGACUGCCGGGACAAAGAUCCGAAAGCUCCGGCUCCUCCUGCCUGCUAUGUGGAGCUCAAGACAUCAGGAGAGAUGCACACAGAAAAACAGCGGAGCAAGUUCCACAGGUUCAAGCUGCUCAAGUGGUGGGCACAAUCUUUCCUCCUCGGAGUACCUCGUAUCGUGGCCGGCUUCAAGAAUGACGACGGGCUUGUGGUGUCCGUGCGGACUUAUCAAACUGCCGAAAUUCCACAGCUGGUUCAGGGUGAGUACUUGGGUUGGAAGCCAGAAGUCUGCAUGAACUUCUGCAGCGACUUCCUGUCUUUUGUCAAGCGUGUGGUGAUCGAAGACGAUCCUCACGUGGUGUAUCUGUUCUCCCGGAAAGCACUCAGUGACGUGACCUUCACUGUACACAGGAACUCCUCUUAUUCCUUCCUGCCUGACUGGUAUGUGAAGGAAAUGAGCUAAAGGGAAUCACACCAACUUCAUUUCAUCCUAAUCGAAACGAUGCAUGCAAAAUAACAAAGUUGAACCGCCAUCAAAUUUGCGAUGCUUUGUGGCUGACAAGUCAAAGCAAUUUUUUUCCCAUAUGAAAAUCAUGUUAAGUGAAUGAAUUCUAGGAUGUCGCUGCCGCAAUCUUAAAACCUUUAUUAACAGUACAAAUGGUCUUACCUGUCGUGUCAUUCGAAAACGAGUUAACCGCUGUAGUAUAAAGUCAAACUACUCACCUGACAGAAGCGUAAUGCAGAGUGUAGGAUUGUGUGAUCGAUUUUCAAUUUGAAUUGAUGUUGAAUGAUGAAACAAAAUGUAUCUGUCAGCAGUCACCAUUUAGGUGACAUCGCUUUUAUCAAUUGGCUGUGGUAUUCGUUUUUGUUACGCUUUCAAUCUGUGUAUCAGUAUGUACGAUGAAAUAAAAACUCCUGAGGAAAUAGUGUGUUGUCCUUCUUCCAAGCUACGAAGCAGACCACCAUUCUCAGAAUUGUGUAAGAUUUUUAUUUAUUUAUUAUUAUUAAACCUUGUAUUACUACAACAGUACAAAGUGAUUUGGUAAGAUAAUUAAUUUAAGGCAAUAUACAGGAUACUUUCAAAUAUUACCAAACAAGUGAAAAUGGCUUCAUGUAAUAGUUGCAUGAUGAGUUAUUUUCAGGUAACCAUAGCACCCAAUUGAUAUGAGCCUGCGUCAUGUCUGACUUUCGACAAAUUAAUUGUGUCCGGCUCACUUUCUGCACCACAGGCACUUGUUCAUGCCACCAACAGCAAUGGUGUGCUUUUGAAGAGGUUAACACUUGGCAAUGACAUUCACAAUCGAACCAAGGCGGCACAUUGGACUCUCUUUCACAUAAUGUUGUAUGAAUAAUGUGUGUUUUUCUUCUUGCAACCGAUGACCCGGUUCAAUGGGUCAUUUCUAGAUAGGAAUGAUUCAAGAACAUUGUAAAAGCUGUGUUGGACAAGCAUACGUCCUUUUUCCAGAUCCUUUCUCUUCACUAGGGGACGUGUUGGAGCGA